UCAACUCUCUUCCUUUUCAUUAUUUAAGAGGGUGCUCGGUAGCUAGCUGUACACAUUGUCCUAAGUCACUAUGGCCUUGUUACAAGAGGUUUUAAUUUUCUUGGGAUGCUUCUUGCUGAUAGUUGUUGGAGCUUCUAGAGGUUCCGAAAAAUUCAAAAAGAAGCAUGUAUUCGAAUGUCCAAUGGAAUAUGGUGUUUUCGCAAAUCCUAACGAUUGUAGAAGAUUUUAUACGUGCAAUGGAGACGUUGCGUAUGACACUCCUUGUCCAACACCACUCUAUUUUGAUGAUGCUAAAAAGCUUUGUGUUUACAAGUCUAAAGACCUACAGUGUGGACCUGUUCCAAUGACUACACCUGUUCCAACUACUCCUGAUCCUAACGCCUCCCCAAGUUGUCAUCCGGAAUCCUGUCAACUUCCAGAUUGCUUUUGCAGUGAGGAUGGCACCCUCAUCCCAGGAAACUUCUUACCCAAAGAAACUCCUCAAAUGAUAAUCCUGACUUUCAGUGGAGCUUUGAAUGUCUUGAACGCCGAGCCUUUCAGCCUUCUACUUAACGAAUCCCGCCACAACCCAAAUGGAUGUCCAAUUAAGGCAACAUUCUUUGUUCCACAUGAAUAUACAAGUUAUUACUACGUUCAGAAGCUUUAUGGACUUGGUCAUGAAAUAGCAGCUCAAACUAUCACGAACCGUGAACCUGAACAAUUCUGGUCUAAAGCUUCUGUAGAUGAAUGGGUGGAAGAAGUAAUUGGCCAGAAAGAAAUUUUAAACCGCUUUGCCAAUGUCUCCAGAGAUGAAAUACUUGGUAUGAGGGCACCUUUCCUGAAACCUGGAGGAAAUAACAUGCUUGGUAUGAUCUACGAUUAUGGAUUAGAUUACGACUCGUCCAUUGCAACACCAUUGUCAGAAGUUCCUUUAUGGCCAUACACAUUAGACUUCCAGAUUCCGCACAAAUGCAUUUCAGAUAAUUGUCCAACAAGAUCUUUCCCCGGAAUAUGGGAGUUUCCGCUAAAUACCUACACUGCUGGUGACGAAACUGGAGCUACUUGCGCAUUUUUAGACCAAUGCGUUUUUCCUGAUGAUCCAGAAGCCAUCUUUGAGUUUUUGAGCUUUAAUUUCUUACGACAUUACACUUCCAAUAAAGCCCCAUUCGUCAUGAAUUUCCACGUUAACUGGGUUACAGAUGACACCAAGGUUGCAGCUUUAGAUGUUUUCUUGGAUCAUGUUCUUGAAACCUAUCCUGACGUCUGGUUUGUCACUAUGCAGCAAGCAAUACAGUGGCUGAGGAAUCCAAUUCCAACAGAGAUGGUUAAAAGUUUUGAGGCCUGGAAAUGUCCAAGAACAAGAAUGCCGGGUUGCAAUAAUCCUCGCACGUGCAGAGUUAAACUGAAUGACGGUUUGCGCUCAGAUGUACGUUAUUUGCAACUUUGUGGUAAAUGUCCUGAGAAGUAUCCUUGGCUGAACAACAUUCGUGGAACAAAAGAAGGCAAGAGUGUUAAAGACUUGGUGCAGAAAUCUACAGUAUAAUGUUUGUUAGAAAUUUUUUUCUGUUUUUGUUUGCUUGCAAUUUUAAAUCUUGUUUAAUAAAUAUUUGUUAAAGAAA